GUAACCGGAAGUAGUUUUUCAUCAAAGCUGUACGUGGAAAGCUGCCCGCGGUAAAGUUCGGAUUCUAAUGGACAUUCAUUACAUAUUCUUUUUUAGCUCUUAUAUUUUUAAAAUUACUCCCAAAAAGAGGAUUUCUGACCGAUGAAUUUAGCACGAGUCAUUCCAGGCCUUUUGUUUUGCAUUUUUUUCGUGGGAUCCUGUUUCACAAAUAAGUAUGUACUUUCUGUCUUGAAGUUUACAUUUCCCACCCUUUUUCAGGGGUGGCAAACCUGUAUUGGAGCUCUUCUGCUUUUGGUGACUGGGAAACUGGGAUGGGUGGAAAUAAACAGCUUUCCCAGAUCUGCAGCAGUGUCCUGGCUUCCAGCAUCAGUCCUGUUUCUGGGGAACAUAUACAGUGGAUCCAAAGCCUUGUCCAUCCUGCCUAUCCCCUUCUUUUUUGUGUUGCAAAAUGUGUCAGAAGUGGUCUUCUCUGUUCUUGUUCGAUUCACUCAAAAAGAGAGGUCAUCAUGGAUGAAGACCUUCAGUGAAAACCUGAUGCUGGUGUCAGCUAUUACUCUUGCACUUCAUAAUCAGCAGUUUGGACUAAACGGUUAUGUCUGGGCUGUCAUCCACUUUUGCUGUAUUGGGUCAUACAAAGCGUUCCAGAGGAAUUUGAAGUCUGGCCAUCUCAGUGAUCUUGAACAACAGUUAAUCAACUACAUUGUCAGCGUCUUGCUGCUAGCUACCGCAGCGCAUCCAACAGGUGAUCUUUUUGGUGCUCUGGAUUUUCCCUUCCGUGCAUCCUACAAGUUCCACAGCGGAUGUUUUGCCAGUGCUAUACUUGGCUUUUUUCUGGUGCUGGCAUCAGUAAAGCUGAAGAGUGGACUUUCUUUGGUGCACUGCGCCGUCUGGCUGUUCCUGGCCAAGAUACUGGCUUCUGGUUUGUCCAUUUUUAUAUUCAGCACAGAUCUCGGACCCCUAACAUUAUGCUGCAUCCUGACAAACCAUGCUGGUGAGGCGCUGUCAAUUCACGCUGACAACGUUCUGGAGAGCUGAAAACAAAUUUCAUUACAUAAUCCCAUUCCUGCACCUUGCCUUAUCUUUCUUUUCUUUAUAACAUUAUGCAAUUUAAGAUCUGACAAUCAUGACAGUUCAGAGGAGCAUGGAGAAUUUCAUAUCAAAGAACAGAAUUUCCAGAUGUUGGUGUAUUUGCACCAGAAAUGUAAUUUUGUAAAUUUUGUACUGUAAUAUGAAUAUGCUGAGGGCAUGAUCUACACAGGCAAUACACUGUAUUUACAUUUACUAACAAAUGGGUAAAAAUCUUGAGAUAUAUUUUAUAUUAAUAACUGUAUGAUGUUAUAAAGAGAUUUACGUUAGAUUCAGCUUACGACUGUAACUAAAGCAAAACUAGUUUAUUAUUUGUUAGUAUUUCAUCAUUCCAUUGCAUUGUUGUAUGAUCUUGCCACUUUCAGUAAUUCCCAAUUGCCGCUUUACAUUUAUAUUCUCAGCUGAACUCAGUAUUACAUUACAUGCUGAGUGUAUUGUUCAUGGCACUUUAUUUUAUUUUUGUGUUUGUUUACAUUAUUAGUGCACAAAUAUCAUGCUCUGUUUUGUUUAGGGAAACUCAAAUGAAUUUCUUUAUUUUUAAAAGGGAACGGAAAUAAAAAAAAAAGUUUAAAAAAC